AACUUCAAGGGGACCUGAUUAAAUUCUACAGAAAAAGGUGUAGUUCAAUACCUCUGUCACAGCUUCUUGAAGAAAUAGAGACACCCCUAGCUGGGUUCUAUGUGAUGCCAGAAAUAGUCGCCGUAAAACAGAAGUCCCUAACUUGUCAUGAAGAGGAAAAAACACCGAUCAAGUCUUUGAAAGACCUGUUUUCAACCGGUGGUGGAGAUCAACAAGAAAUUUAUCUAUUAGCUGAUGCAGGCUUUGGAAAAACUGCAUUUUCAAAAUAUCUUUCAAUCACGUGGUGCCAAGCUCAUUGUCACGAUGAAAACUAUGCCUGUUUUAAAGACGACGAGUUAAAGACGUUAUUUGACUUUAAAUUCUUAUUUUUGGUUUUAUUAAGAGACUGUACCUCUGUUUGUAACAUUGACGAUAUGAUCGAACAGCAAAUUACCAAGAAACUUCCUUCCUCUGCAACACUGAAUGAAGUUUUACGUAGAGAAAAAUGUUUGAUUAUAUUAGACGGUCUUGACGAAUGGACUCACCCUGCAAAUAGUUGUGGCGAAGUAUCAGACAAAAUCCCACAUCGGUACGUACGUGAUAAUUGUGUUAUCCUAACGACAACCCGACCGUGGAAGCUUGGAGUUUCAAAUCUCAAAACAAGUCAAAUAAACAAAAAAGUGGAAUUGGUUCAAUUAAGUGCAGAUUCUACCCGGCAACUAGAAGAAAAUGCUAUAAGGAAAAUGACAGGUGUCCAUAACGAUAGAGUAUUGAAAAGUAAAAUACAGGACUUUAAUAAAGUGAUACAUGACCGUCGCCUAGAGCACAUGCAAGUGAUUCCACUCCUCCUCAUGUAUAUAGUUUGCCUAUGGUGCAACAAAAUUCCUAUAGGAAAUUCAAAACAUGAAAUUUACACCAAUAUCAUUGAAUUUCUAUUAUCUAGAACGUCAAAGAAACACCCGGAAGUUCAACCAUCUCGUGAAUCGUCUGCCAGUGAAAUUCCAGAAUACUUCAAAAGUCAUGAAUUCUGUAAACAUUUUUACAGUCUUAUAACAUCAUUAGCGGAACUAGCUUACCAAACAUUAUUUCACGAAAAUAGAGAAAACACGCUUGUAUUUGAUAGAACGGUUGCUGAAAAAUAUCUCAAAGCAGACGACAUGAAAAUAAGUCUUCUCUCAGGAAUACUAUCAGAAAGUAGAAGUAAAACAUUAAUCAAAGAAAUUAUCAAAGUAUCGUUUUCUCACAAAACAGUUCAAGAAUUCUUUGCCGCCAUAUUUAUAAGUUCUCAAAGUGAAUCUCAGAAAACUGUUGUAGAAAAAUGUAGAAAUGUUCAAGACAUUCUUAACAUGUCAAAAAUUUGUGAAUUUAUAAGUAAAAUGAAUGCUGACCUGGUGUGUGCAAUAUCAAAUGAUUUGAUGUCUGUGAUAAAUGAAGACGAGAAAACACGCGACUAUAGAACUAGGACAACAGGUGACCGUGACUCAUUGUAUAACAUACAGAAAAUGUUCAUGUCGUGUUUACAAGAAAUGCCUGAAAGUGAAAAUAUUCAAUUAUGUUUACAAGAUUUCUUCAUUGACGAGGACAUCGAGGUGCACAGUUUGCAGUUACAACGUUUAUUAAAACAAAAUAAAACCAACCUAAAAUCACUUUGUAUAAACAUCAGAGAGACUUCCAGUAGUUUACGUGAAAUUAUAUAUUUAUUCUCUCUCACAGAUCUCAGUCAUAUACAGAAACUUUACUAUCGUGGUGACGGCGAGAAGGAGACUCAGAUAAGUCGGAUUUUGUUUCCCAGUUUACAGUACGUUACUUUGUGCUGGGGUAAAUGGACAAAUGGUGAAGAAACUCUGAGUGGAAACAUGGCGCGAUGUCAAAACUUACAAUAUUUAGAUAUUUACAACUUCACGCUAUCUCACAAAAUACUGGAAACAAUUUUCAAUUUUAUCUCCAGUCAAAAAUCAAUGAAAGAGUUGACAUUGUUGAUGUUAGUCUGUAAAGAACAUGGCCGCCAUGAUUGUAAGAGAUUGAACUUGGACUUGUCUCAACAUUCAACUCUAUCAAAGUUAUACUUGCAGCAGUUACCUGGGAGGCUACAAUUAAAUAUAUCAACACCGUCAUUAGUUUAUGUUACGUUGUCGAACAUCAAUCUAGAUAAAAGUUCAUUGUUACUGUCACGUGACAUGUUGAAUAUUGAACGUGUGGUGUUGGAGGAGAUAGAAAUGUCUGCAGGAAGUUUACAGAACUUUAUUACCGUGUUGAAAAAUCUGCCGCAGUCAGUUACAGUAGAGAUGGAAGCCAUUACACCGGAAACAGAAUAUGACCGUGUUAGAGAAAAUAUUCGGAGAUCACAAACUUUUCAUGUGAUAGAAGAAGGCAGCAUGUUUCAGUUCAAAACAAUAAAACCAAGCAAAGAAUAGACAAGGAAAAACAUUGUGAAAUAAAUUGAAGAAAUAACUUCAAUAAUUUUAAAUAAUUUAAAUAUGGACACUUACAAACAAAAUGGCGACUCUUCAAUCUUAAAUAAGGACAUACAUGUACUUCCGUUUACAAUUAAUAAAUUAAGUGACAUUUGUUUAUAAAUAAAAACAUUUAAUUAAUAGAAAUAAUUUAAGGAAGUUUUUACGGAAUUCAAUGGAUAUAAAAGUUGGAUUAGGAUAUUGAAAUAUUUCACAGCGGCCUUGGAUCAAAAUUUCAAAUUAUUCAUGAUGCAGAAUCUCUUGUGACGUUUUACCGUUAUGAUUUAUGUGGUGAUAGAUCAAUUUUACUGGGACUAUGGGAUAUGUUUUGAAGAACUUCUUAGGAAACAGAAAUUUCAUGUUCCUUGCUUUUCAAGGUAAGACUUUAAAUUAUCUUUAUUAUUGACAGAUCAAUAAAAUCCAUAUUUAAGAUGAAAGAGUAAAAAUCAAAAGUGGCAUGAAAAUAUGCAAAUUGUGACUAAUUCUGGAAGGAACGUUUUCAAAUUUAUUCCGGGUUCUUUAAGCUUAUGUUUGUUUAAGACAUCUAAAAUGUAAUAUGAUAUUAGUUGUUUAAGACGGGUAGUUUAUGGCAAAUGCACGUAAAGAAAGCGUAAACAGCGCAAUUAUUGUUUAAAGUCGUGCACCUUUAAUGGGCAUUAUUUUAAAGGUAUCUAUAGUAUUAUAAAAAAGAAGCCCAACUACGCGAGUUAGAAAUUAUUAUUAUAGAAAUGAAUGAAUU